UCUUUCGACACAACUAGGGUUGAACCAUUCGUGGACACUAAAUGAUCAUCCGCCGUGUUGCCUUAAUGAUAUUGGCUCGCAUGCACUGUUCUAUAUGAACUUGUCCGAUGCGACUAUUGCACCGUCAAAGCUGGUUCUCUACACUACUACCUAAUCUUCAUAAGCCUGGUGUUUAAUCUACCGCGACCUACUAUUAUCCGCCAUGCGGCUUUUUUCCGCCUGCCUGUUCUUCAUCACCUGGACCCUCUAUCUCUGUCUGGGUGGCUGUCGACCAUUUCAACUCCAACCCCGUGUACAUCAGUACGCAAUAGGCGAUAAAAUCACCAUCAAAGUUAAGCCGACGACGUUGGGUGUGCGCAUUGGUAUUGGUACACCCAAAUAUAAAGAGUACGAAUGUACCGUGAUUGAAGGACGUGAUGGGGUGGUAUGCAGGCUGUACACCCAGAGCCAGUGGGCAGUCGCGAAGUACAACAAACCCGUCGAGAGUGAUCGCAACGCUUUGGAUCAAGCCAUUCCGUUCGGUGAGGAAGUCGCAGGGCUGAAAGAUGUUGGCUUGUACAUCAAGACUCUGACGGCUUUUGACGGGAAAAAGUGGAUGGUGAUGAAGAACGUGGAGAUUGGUCCACCGGAGAUGGUCCUUCCCAAGCAUGUAAUUGAUCAAGUUACAUCAAAACAGGAAUGCCUGGCUGUAGUGAUCAAUCUUCAAGUCCGAGCUGCAGAAAUGAUUGAAUUUGGAUCGAGAUGAAAGGCCUUCGUCAUGAGGAUCCAAAGUCAAACAACGUUUUUGUCACCCCAAACUUGGACCGGCUAACGCUCAUUGACUAUGGUCGCUCGAGACGGGUUACAAGAUUGGUAUAU